AUGAAAAAAAUUAAGAAACGAGGAAUCGAGGGCUAUCUACGCCAGGAGACAAAGUACAAAUCGGCUAGUUCUCAAGAAACGGAGCGUGUGCUGCCUUCUUGGCGGUUGAGACGUGAUUGCACAAGUUGACGACUUGAGAAAAGGCGCAAAAUUGCAAAGGCGACCUGUAAACACUGGUGCUCAAAACUGGCAAUUAAACGAGCCGAUGAAGGGGAGAGUUUAAGGAAUAUCGCUGCAUUUUAUGGUGUCUCAGAGACGACUGUAGGCGAUUGGCGUGGGAACCGUGGAAGCAUUCGCGCUACAAUCGUGUUCAACACGGCCGACCGGAAGUCGAUCAUGCCUCCGGAGUGCCCAUUGACGAAUGAGGCUAUCUUUUUGUGGUUCGUUCAACAGAGGAGCAAAGGAAUAAGUUUUUCUGGUCCGAUUAUCAAAGAAAAAGCCAUGAUAUUAGCUAAAAAAUUCCCCACAGAAACUGAAAAAAUUCAAGGGAGUGAAGGUUGGUUAUCCCGGUGGAAAACUAGAUACGGCAUUCGACAGAUAAACAUUUCGUGAGCGGAGCUUUUUUUGGUAAAUUUUUUGAUUCUAGAAACGCACUUACUUUUGGUAUAAAUUGUUCAUUGAACCAUUUUCGAAAAAGGUUAGAAUCCAUCCAGGCACUUUUUUGAUCUUUGUAAAAAACUGGCAGAUCAGUGGGAUUGAUAUUUUUUAAUGCUCGUGGUUUUGCCGAUUUACCUAUCACCAUCAAAGGUAGAAGGUGAUUGCCAGAAGCGUUGGCACAAACCAAAACAGUUAUUCUCUCUUUGUUUUGUUUGUUACCAGACAAAUCACCCUAAAGUUUGCUGGCCAACGUCUUUGACGGUAAAUUUUAAAAUUUAGACCUGUUUCAUCGCAGUUAUAGAUCCGGUCCAAACAAUAAUCUUCUUAUGUGAAGAAAGAAUUUAUUUCUUCACAGAAAUUUUCAGCAGCUUGUAUCCAG